ACCACAUCAGCGGACGGGCAGGUAAAGCUGCGAAGGGACCCCACCUGCUCACAAGCGCCAAUAACAAUUCACCAGAUGUUCCUAGACUCUCUAGAGAAAUACAAGUCCCUCAACGCGUUAGCCAGCAAAAAGGAGGGGAAAUGGGAAAAAAUUACUUUUGCGGAGUAUUACCGCCUCUCUCGGAAAGCAGCCAAGAGCUUCCUGAAGCUCGGCCUUGAACGAUUCCACAGUGUUGCGAUUCUGGGUUUUAAUUCUACAGAGUGGUUCAUUUUGGCAGUAGGAGCUGUAUUUGCUGGUGGCAUUGUGUCUGGGAUCUACACCACCAAUUCUCCAGAGGCUUGUCAUUAUAUUGCUGAUGACUCCAGAGCUAAUAUUGUGGUGGUGGAAAACCAGAAGCAGUUGGACAAGAUAAUGCAGAUCUGGGAUCGUUUACCAUACUUAAAAGCUGUCGUGAUGUAUAAAGAUCGUGUGUCUGAGAAACAUCCCAAUUUGUAUAUGAUGGAUGAAUUCAUGGAGUUGGGAAACGAAAUUUCGGAUGGACGACUUGAUGACAUCAUCAACUCCCAAGAGGCAAACCAAUGUUGUGUCCUGAUAUACACCUCUGGAACAACAGGGAAGCCCAAAGGGGUCAUGCUGAGCCACGACAAUAUUACCUGGACCUCUGCCCACGCCAGUCAAGCAGGAGACAUGCAACCAGCCGAAAUCCAGCAGGAGAAGAUUGUCAGUUACCUGCCACUGAGCCACAUUGCUGGUCAGAUGUAUGACCUCUGGACUGGGAUCAAGUGGGGCGAAGAGGUUUAUUUCGCACAACCGGAUGCCUUGAAGGGAAGCUUGGUUGAGGCCCUCAGAGAAGCUCUGCCCACUUCCCAAAUGGGAGUGCCCCGCGUGUGGGAGAAGAUGAUGGAGAAGAUCAAGGAGGUUUCUUCUCAGACCAGCUUGUUGAAGAGGAAGAUGCUUUCUUGGGCCAUGUCGGCCACUUUGGAACAAAACCUGAGCUGCUCAAAUAGGGACUCCAAGCCCUUCUGGAUGGGGCUGGUGGACUCUCUGAUCCUGGCGAAGAUCCGCUGGGCCCUGGGCCUUUCCAAGUGCCAGAAGCAUUUCUCCGGAGCUGCCCCUCUCCCCGUGGAAGUCUCCCACUUCUUCCUUGGCCUGAACAUCCCUAUUUAUGAAGGGUAUGGGAUGAGCGAAACUUCCGGUCCUUUUUGCAUCUCUGGGCCACACAUGUAUCGACUUCACAGCUGUGGCAAGGUUGUGCCAGGCUGCCACGUUAAGAUAGUCAACCAAGACGAGGAUGGCAACGGGGAGAUUUGCUUUUGGGGACGGAACGUCUUCAUGGGCUAUUUGAACAUGGAGGAGAAGACCAGGGAAGUGAUUGACCAGGAUGGCUGGUUGCAUUCGGGAGAUCUUGGAAAGAUGGACCAGGAUGGAUUCGUUUACGUCACCGGAAGAAUUAAAGAGCUGAUUAUUACAGCUGGGGGUGAGAAUAUCCCUCCAAUUCCCUUGGAAGAAGCUGUCAGGAAGGAGCUGCCGCUUAUUAGCAAUGCUGUGUUGAUUGGUGACCGGAAGAAGUUCCUGUCUAUGCUGCUGACUUUAAAGUCUUCAGUGGAUCCCGAUACAUCGGAACCCACCGACUGCCUGACCCAGGAAGCCAGAGACUUUUGCCAAAAAGCCGGCAGCAAAGCCACACGGGUGUCCGAGAUUGUGCAGAGCAGAGACCGCGCCAUUUACCGGGCUGUGCAAGAUGGCAUAGACCGCGUCAACAGGCGCUCCGCCAGCAACCCUCAGCGCAUCCAGAAGUGGGCGAUUUUAGGAAAAGAUUUCUCUAUUUCCGGGGGAGAAUUUGGUCCAUCGAUGAAAUUAAAGCGGCAUGCGGUGGUCGAGAAGUACCAGAACGAAAUCGAAGCUUUUUACAAGGAUUGAAGUCGAGUCGCCUUCGCUCGGUCAGGAGGAGAAAUCUUGCAAGUUUCUUUUGUAAAGCAUUAACUGUUCCCAUGCAAACAUUACACUGGAAAAGGUAUGAAAUCGUUUUUGCAAUUUUGGGCGGAAAGCAUCGAUAAUACUCUUGCGGCUUCUCCAUCUUAUUUUCAAUUUAGCAACCAGAAAAAAACCGAAUCGGAACUCCCAAAUACAUUUCAGUUAACAUAGGCUUUUAUUCUAUUGCAGUUAUAUGGGCUAGAAUGAUGAAUUAAGCUGUCCCUUGAAAAUACUUCUAAGGCAAACUGUAUUUUGAUUUAUUCUGAAUUCCACAGGAACUAUUCAAUCGAAUGGAUAAAGGUCAUUUUUAAGCCAGCUCAAGGAGGGCGGGGGGAGAGAACAUAUGUCAAAAGAUAAAAAGUAUUUUGUAAAGCAAAGUUUGUCUUAAAAAAUUUAGAAGUACCCCCAAAUGUACUCGUAAAACUCUGCAAUGAGCUAUGAUAAUUGGUUCAGAUGGUGCUGUUGUGUUUAUUACAAGCUUUUUAUACUGCCAUAUUCCACAUGGCUCUAAAUAGAUUAUUUUAUUCAACUAAAGACUUUUCCACGGUUCCAGAUUCUUUUUUCCUCCAGCCUUAGUAGUUUCCAUUGAGAAAUCUGAAGGCUUUCUAUGAUUCAUGACGAAGCUUGUUUGUAACCCCAAUGCUUAAACUUAAUGUCCUUUCUAGAAUCAGUCUGAGAUCUUGCAGAGAUAAAAGAGGGAGAUGCAAAAAUAGAUUGUGGGAGCAUUUGAAGCCUCACUUCUUA